UACAGUUCACAACGUGCCUACAUUGUUCGGACGCGCGUAGAAUAUUUUAUUGUAUUUUGGCUUCUUCGGUUCUCGUGUUUAUAAUAAUAUUGUACCAGUGAGUGCACUAACAUAGUGAGUAAUGGCUGAGGAGACGGCCGCGGCUCCUGGAGCCACUGAAAAAGUGAUACACACCUAUCCUCUUAUUAGGCACUCAGACAUGUCAGAAGAAAUGCGCGUUGAAGCGAUGGAGUUAUCAGUAACGGCGUGCGAAAAGUUCUCUCAGAACAACGAGCUAGCAGCACGAAUGGUUAAGGAAUCCAUGGACAAAAAGUUUGGACCUGCCUUCCACGUUGUGGUCGGAGAAAGUUACGGCUUCGAAAUCACAUAUGAGUGCACAACAAUAUGUUAUAUGUAUUUCGGUGGAAACCAAGCGAUCUGUAUUUGGAAAUGCUCUUGAAAUUCCAAUGGAGCGAUUAUUACCUGUGCCAGAUUUUAACUUUUUCAUGAUUUUUAAGUUUUUUAUUCGGUACUCACUGUGAUACGUAGAUAUUCCACGUAGACUGCCAUACAGUAAGCCAUUUAUGCUCGCCUAAUUACCUACAUUAGCCAUAGAAAAUAUUUAAACAACUUUACUUUUUCUUUAAACACGAAAUAGCGACGUGUGUGAGUAAAUGCGGCCGAAACAAUGCUAUGCGAUUUUAGUUACGAUUUCUUAUGCAAACUAGGUUAUUAUACUUAAAUGGGAACUUUGAAAACAAUUUUGAGAGAUCAUUAGCAUAAAAGUGGAAAAAUAUUCUUUUGUAACCGGCAUUAUCGAUUUCCUUUCAAAUGUUUUACUUCUUGUGCACGUUUUAGGUACCCAGUGUCCAGGAAUGUUUCUAUUUCAAUAUUUUGACCAAUAAAAAAAAGAGGACAUGCUCAAUUUUAACAAUAUGCAACUAUUCAAACAGAUCGCUAAGUUUACUCAAAUUAUAAAUGAAACCAGGCCGACGCAAUAUGAAACGAGGGUCGAGUGAAUAUGCAUAGCGCAUUCUUUUGAUUUAUUCUCAUAGAUGCGUAGUCGGGAGUAUAUUUGUGUAAUUUCAAUAAGUACACCUGUAUAGUGAAGCUGUAUCGACAGUGUGGCUAAACGAAUUUGGUUCAUAUUAGUAGAUGCACCUAUAUUUAUCUCUAAAACAAUAUCGAGUGGCGACCUCCUUCGGCGGUAAACGCAACGCAGAACUUGCUUUGAUGGCGUGCUUAAAUAAAGCGGUGAUCUCUCAUAACAGUUUAGGUUAUUACUAUAAUAAUCAAUAAUAAAUAGCUUCAUAAUGUUUUAUUGUCGCAAGAUUGAAGUCAGGUUACAAGGUAAAUGCGUGUUUAUGAAUGUUGGUGGAACUCGUAGUGAUGCAACCAGCACUGCAUUAAAGGCUACGCUAGCAAAUUAUCGAUGAUGGAUAAAAGCUUGAAGAAAAUUAGGGUACUUAUCUCAUUGUGCUGUGUAAUGGAUCUGGCGCAUAUUGCUAUUAAUUGUGAUUAAUAACCUGUACGAUCCAGUAUUUUUUUGAAUGUGCAAAUGAGCUGACUGCGCG